AUGCAAGAGGCAGAGCCAGGACCUGGGCCAGCCUUAGGCUGGUCCUACCUUGUGCCUUUGCUUCUGCCAGAUUCUGGCCCCCCCACUCACAUGCUGAGCGUCUCGCGUGGAACAAUUUACCUGUUUCCUCCCCUCCUCGGGCCCCUGCAGAGCCUCAGGGGCCGUGUCAGCCUGGCUCCCCUGAGCCCCUCAGCCCCAGUGCAGGCUCCGCCCACAGCCCCUGCUGUGGACUUUGGAAGUCCCUCAGACACACCCUGUUGCUUCCUAGCUGCUGGCACCUGCCAGAGGGUCUGGGCCCACAGGGGCUGCGGCUGCGGCAGGACCAUCUUGACAGCUUCCCUUGCAGGUCCUGAACUCAUGAGGGCGUUUCCCGUGCCAGGACAGAGAAUCGUUUUUCUCCAGCGGGCCGGCGGCACUGCUGUCCACCACCCUCGGGUCCCAGGAAGCUGCUGGGACGGGGGCACACAGCCACCGCUGCCAUGUGCCAGACUUCAGGACCUGCUUAGUGCCGAGGGGCCUGGGAGGUCAGCCAGGCUGCGGCCUGGGGCCAACCCUGACUGCUGGGCGGCAGGCAUCCCUGCGUCCAACAUCUGCCGUCUGGACCCCGAGCAGCCUCCCUCCAGGACAGACGGCAUUCUUAGUGCUCAGCUUGACCUGGACCCACUGCCUGUGACCCUACUGCCUUCCUGCCAGGACGACCUGUCGGCACCACACAGCCAUGGGCCCCAGAGCAGGCCGAGGGCGCCUCCCAGGGAGGCCUGGAUGCCAGCAGGGCUGACCUGUGGGCCAGAGUCAUACCAUGAGGACAGCCUGGCUGUGGGCACCCAGCAGAUGCCCUCCAAACCCUCAGCCAUCUUGGGGCCUCGGAGCCCUAAGACCCAGAACUGGGCCCCUGGACAUGCUGCCCGCCCUGCCCAGCUCAGCUGCCUGGCCAACCUGGCCGCCCGACAAGGCCUCCAGGGCGACUUCGAGCUCCACCCCCCCGACCUGCUGCUCUUCUAUAACCUGACGCAGGUGAAGGAAGCAGACUGCCGGGCCUUCAUCCGCCGCGCCGCCCAGGGAGACACAGAGUUGCUGGCCAAUCUGCCCAACCAGAGGACUGCCCUGCGGCACAGGGCCCUGGUCUGCCUGGGAGGGCCCCAGCCAAGGCUCAACGCCUCCGACCUGCUGCUCCUCGGGGUCCUGGUGUGUGACAUGGACGCUUCCAGCAUCGUGGCAGCAGACCCCCAUGUGCUGCAGAAUCUGCAGCACUGUCCCCGGCUCACAGCUGCCCAGCAGGCUGCCCUCAACAGGCUGCUGGCCAGUGGCAGGACCGUCCUCGGGCUCCCCGGCUCCUGGAAUCUGGAGGGGCUGCAGGCUCUGGGACGCCUGGCAUCAUACAUAAGCCCCAGGCUGUGGAUGCAGGUGCAGGAGGCCGUGGGCCUGGACUUCUUCCGCAGCACAGUGGCCGCGUGCCGCGCAGGGCAGCUCAGGCAGCGUGAUGCCAGGCGCUUUGUCACGAGCUUCCUCGAGGCCAAGUCCAAGGCGGUGUCCUCACCGUCCAAGCGGGACACAGGGAGACCCUGCGUCCUUGGCAGCAUCACUGCGGCCACCCUGCACGAUGACCUCUUCCUGAUGCGCUAUGACUGCGGGCAGCUCGAGUCCUGCCUGGGCAGCAGCGUGCUCAGGGCCAACCUGGACCCCCUGCUGCAGCACCCGCUGCCUGCCGAGUGCCAGCAAGUCGUCAAAGCUAAGCUAGCUAGGGUCUACCCGGGCGGAGUCCCUGAGGAGCAGCUGCGGCUCAUCCCCUCGCUGCUCUACCUCUACUCCCUCUCGGAGAUCGGCCAGUGGCACAUCACGUCCAAGGACACGGUCGUGACCCUGUUGGCUCCAGACGGGGCCCUGGAGAACCAGACCGAGGCCAUCCUGCAGAAGUUCCUGGACCACAAUGGCACAGUCACUGCUGCGCUGCUCGUGGCCAUUGGGGGCUCUCGCCUCUGCUGGAUGAGCCCCCGGCAGAUCCAGGACAUCCGGCCCUCAGAGUUCCGGCUGGCCGGGGCCCUGGACAUCUCCUCCUGCCCUCAGACCCGCAAGAACGUGCUCUUUGACAAGGCCCGGGAGGCCUUCGCCAGCGCCAGCACCUCGGACACCUACUACCGCUUCAUGCGCCCCUACCUCGGCGGUGCCCCGGUGGAGGAGCUGCGGCACCUGGCCGAGGCUAACGUCUCCAUGGACAUCGACACCUUCACCAACCUGAACCCCCGAGUGCUGCAGAGCCUGACCGUGGGCAACGUGACAACGCUGCUGGGUCCGAAUGUGGGGGACCUGCAGAAGGCUCGGAGCCACCCCAUCAUCAGCUCCUGGCUCCGCAGCCUCAAUCGGUCAGCCCUGAGCGAGCUGGGCCUGGACACGGACGCCACCAGCCCCACCAGCUCUGCCCACUCGACCACUGGGACGCCCAGCACCACCCUCUGGACGCGCCAUCAAGCCCCCACCUCAGAAGGGCCUGGGAGCACCGCCCCCAGCUCGGGCAGCCCACCAGCCCCCCUGGGGUACCUGCCACUGGCUGUGGCCCUGCCCGCAGGCCUCCUGUGGCUGCUGUAUGGGGGCACCCCAAGGCCCAGCUGGGAGCACCUGCAGGGCAUCUGCGGCAUGGUGGAGGACCUCACUGCCCCAGCUCCACAUGCAGGAGAACAGGGGUUGGCAUGUGGAGCUGGACGCCUGCCUAGACCAAGACGCAGGCCCCAGGGGACCUGGCCACAUCCCCCAUCCUAGGGGCCUUCAGGGCCAGUCCCUGCCUACGCCCAGCUCCCAGGACCUGGAGCCAGAACGAGGGCCUGGGCCCGGGGUCACGGCCCCAGCCCGUGAGGAAGAUGCUGCCCCUGUGCUCAGGCUUCUUCCAUGGACUGACUUGGCCAACUGACUUGAAUAAAGGACAAGGUGAUCUUC